AUGAUCUCCCGAGUUUCCUUCUACCCCGGACUUCUCGACCAGAACACUCACGACCGUAUCCUCUCAUUCUCUCAGGCAGCUAGGUCAGAAACAGUCGCAAAAAUGACGCUGGAGGACCUUCCCAAUGAGCUGCUGCUGCUCAUCGCAGCCUACAACGACAAUCACGGCAACACCCUCAGCCUCGCGCAAUGCUGCCGCCGAUUCUACUUCCUCCUGCGCCAGGAGAUAUACACAUCCAUCGACUUCACCUACCUGUGUCCCUGGGCCCUCAGCCGCCUCACGCACACCAUCAUCGAGCACCCAGAGCUCGCCCAGAGCGUCCGCAAGCUCUCAAUGGGCGUCCGCAAUGGCUACUGCCCCAAGUCGCACCGACCAAACACCAAAUACCACGCGGCAACGCUGCUCCCCGCCGUGAGCGCAGCCGCGCACACCCUCGACGAGCAGCAAGCCUGGCAAAAGGCCCUCCAAUGCGGCCAGAUCGACCCCUGGACGGCCCUCCUCCUCCCUCUCCUACCCAACCUCUCUCAACUCAAGCUCAAACUCGACUACCCAGCCAGCUACCUCAACCGGAUGCUCGAGCGAGCCGUGCGGGGCCAAAAACCCUUCGACACAACACCUCCAUUCCCCGCCCUCGAGCAAGUCUCCGCGACCUGGCACGACCACGAAAACGGCAUCUUCUCGUCGCGCCUCCUCCCCUUCUUCUCCUUCCCGGCCAUGCGCCGCUUCCAGGGUCACAUGGUCGUCGAAGACCACAUCGCAGGCCCCGCGCCUGAGCUCCUCAAGCGUCGCGAAUUCUCCGGCGUCACGGACAUCGAUCUCACCGCUGCACACGCCGAGCAGGGCCUCGGAUACCUGUUGCGGGCGUGUCGCGGGCUCAAGUCGUUCCGGUACGUGCACGCGCACGCGAGCAUCUCGCUCAAGGACUUCAAUCCGGCGCGGUUCCACCGCGCGCUGGAGCCGCACCGUGAGACGCUCGAGAGACUCGAGUUCCGGCUGGAUGAUGGCCUGGGGUGGGGGUCGACUGGGUCGGAGCGGGAAGAUGACUUUUUUGGGCCCUUGGCGGGGUUUACCGCGCUGAGGGAAGUUGCGUUGCGGGCGGCGAAUAUCGUUGACUGGAGUAAGGGUGAUGAUGGGUCUUUUGGGGCGUUGGCGGGGAAUUUGCCCCGCGCGUUGAGGGUCCUUGCGCUGGAUCAGUUCGACCAGUGCGAUAUGGGCGUUAUGGUGGCGCAGUUGGAGGAUCUGGUGGGUUGCGCUAAGGAUCGAUUCCCUGAUUUGGGGUUGAUUGAGAUCCAGGGCGAUUUGCACGACGCGGGUCGUGGGGGCAGGUCGAUGAAGGAGGAGGUGGUCGGUGUGACGGAGAGGUUGAGGGGAUUGUGUUCGGAGGCCGGCAUUGAUUGUCGCUGGUGGAAUCGCGAGGGUGGUUAUACUUAUGCUUUUUCGCAACUCCACCCCAUUCCCACCCCGCCCAUCUCAGAACACCACUCAUCCCACCAAGCCUCCACGUCUACAACUUCAAACCCUCACAGAAUGGUUUUCUACAACCUCGUCUUCUACCGCGGCGACCACUGGCACGAAAGCAACAAACCCAACGGCGGCCGCGACAACCGCUACCUAAUCAUCGCUUCAACGCGCUCCAAAGCCGACCUCCUAUACCGCGUCCUCCAAGAAAAUAAGUCCCUAACAGGUGGACGCAAAUUUCAUGAACUGAAGCGCCUCUCGCCACAGAUGUGGUCGUGGUGCGGCGACGGGCCGAAAGCACUCUACGACGCGAUUGAGAAGAUCAAUAUCGGGACAGCGGAGGUUGUGACGGCGGAAACGAAGCAGAUGGUGUUGGCUGAGCUGCGCGGGCAUGUCUUCUUUCAGUUUCUAGAUGCGUGGGAUACGCUGCCGUUGGGGUUUCCGGUCUUGCGGGCUGACGAGGGGGAUGUUGCGGAUCGGAUGAAUGGGGGGAGGUUCUGCGUGAGGAGUCGGCGGUGGCCGCGGCGAUUCUGGGCGCUGCAUAGGGGGUCAAACUCUUGUGCGAUUGUGGUGUCUGAGUGGGAGAGGGCGGUGUUUAGGGUUUGCAUUGAGGGGGUGGAGAGGGAGACGGCGGAGAAGGACGGCAAGAAAGACAGCGAAGAGUGA